AUGCCAGAUGACUUGAAAAUAUACGCAUCAUGUGUAGUUGCACCCUGUAGACCUGUACUACUCUUCCUUAAAGAACACUGCAUAGACUACUCUUACACUGAAGUUAACGUACUGAAGAACGAACAUCUUACCCCGGAUUUCCUGGAGAAGAACCCUAAACAUACCCUGCCUGUAAUACAACAUAAUGGUGUCUGUAUUUCUGAGGGACCAGCGAUUAUAAACUACCUGCAUGACACAUACAGAGUUCAGAGACUGUCAAAAGAGAUGCAAAGUCAGGUAGAUCAGAUGGUAUCCUGGAGUUGCGAGCAGCUACAUUGGAACAUUGGUUUUAGCUAUGUGUAUCCACAAAUAUACAGCGAGUUCGCGUUAGAAGACAGUACAAGUAAUAACACGCUUAUUGAAACUGGCAUUAAGAAGGUAUGUGAAGAUCUGGACACGAUUGAAAAGUCUUAUCUACACAGUAAUAAGAGUUGGCUGCUAGGAGUAAGAACAACAGCUGAUUUCACAAUAGCAAGUAUCGUCGUCGUGCUCGAACUGGUCAACUUUGAUUUUAAAAUGUGGCCCAAUGUUAUCAGCUGGUUGGAGAGAGUGCGUAGCCUGCCCCACUGGGAGGAAGUUCACAAGUUUCACGACGAUGUAGUGAGACAAAUCAGAGAACAGAACGGUACUUCUGAUUAUCUUUAGAGUGAGAACUGAACGGUACUUCUGAUUAUCUUUAGAGUGAGAACUGAACGGUACUCCUGAUUAUCUUUAGAGUAAGAACUGAACGGUACUUCUGAUUAUCUUUAGAGUGAGAACUGAACGGUACUCCUGAUUAUCUUUAGAGUAAGAACUGAACGGUACUUCUGAUUAUCUUUAGAGUGAGAACUGAACGGUACUUCUGAUUAUCUUUAGAGUGAGAACUGAACGGUACUUCUGAUUAUCUUUAGAGUGGGAACUGAACGAUACUUCUGAUUAUCUUUAAAGUGAGAACUGAAGUGUACUUCUGAUUAUCUUUAAAGUGAGAACUGAACGGUACUUCUGAUUAUCCUUAGAGUGAGAACUGAACGGUACUUCUGAUUAUCUUUAGAGUGAGAACUGAACGGUACUCCUGAUUAUCUUUAGAGUAAGAACUGAACGGUACUUCUGAUUAUCUUUAGAGUGAGAACUGAACGGUACUCCUGAUUAUCUUUAGAGUAAGAACUGAACGGUACUUCUGAUUAUCUUUAGAGUGAGAACUGAACGGUACUUCUGAUUAUCUUUAGAGUGAGAACUGAACGGUACUUCUGAUUAUCUUUAGAGUAAGAACUGAACGGUACUUCUGAUUAUCUUUAGAGUGAGAACUGAACGGUACUUCUGAUUAUCUUUAAAGUGAGAACUGAAGUGUACUUCUGAUUAUCUUUAGAGUAAGAACUGAACGGUACUUCUGAUUAUCCUUAGAGUGAGAACUGAACGGUACUUCUGAUUAUCUUUAGAGUGAGAACUGAACGGUACUUCUGAUUAUCUUUAAAGUGAGAACUGAAGUGUACUUCUGAUUAUCUUUAAAGUGAGAACUGAACGGUACUUCUGAUUAUCCUUAGAGUGAGAACUGAACGGUACUUCUGAUUAUCUUUAGAGUGAGAACUGAACGGUACUUCUGAUUAUCUUUAGAGUGAGAACUGAACGGUACUUCUGAUUAUCUUUAAAGUGAGAACUGAACGGUACUUCUGAUUAUCUUUAAAGUAAGAACUGAACGGUACUUCUGAUUAUCUUUAAAGUGAGAACUGAACGGUACUUCUGAUUAUCUUUAAAGUGAGAACUGAACGGUACUUCUGAUUAUCUUUAGAUUGAGAACAGAACGGUACUUCUGAUUAUCUUUAGAGUGAGAACUGAACGGUACUUCUGAUUAUCUUUAGAGUGAGAACUGAACGGUACUCCUGAUUAUCUUUAGAGUAAGAACUGAACGGUACUUCUGAUUAUCUUUAGAGUGAGAACUGAACGGUACUCCUGAUUAUCUUUAGAGUAAGAACUGAACGGUACUUCUGAUUAUCUUUAGAGUGAGAACUGAACGGUACUUCUGAUUAUGUUUAGAGUGAGAACUGAACGGUACUUCUGAUUAUCUUUAGAGUGGGAACUGAACGAUACUUCUGAUUAUCUUUAAAGUGAGAACUGAAGUGUACUUCUGAUUAUCUUUAAAGUGAGAACUGAACGGUACUUCUGAUUAUCCUUAGAGUGAGAACUGAACGGUACUUCUGAUUAUCUUUAGAGUGAGAACUGAACGGUACUCCUGAUUAUCUUUAGAGUAAGAACUGAACGGUACUUCUGAUUAUCUUUAGAGUGAGAACUGAACGGUACUCCUGAUUAUCUUUAGAGUAAGAACUGAACGGUACUUCUGAUUAUCUUUAGAGUGAGAACUGAACGGUACUUCUGAUUAUCUUUAGAGUGAGAACUGAACGGUACUUCUGAUUAUCUUUAGAGUGGGAACUGAACGAUACUUCUGAUUAUCUUUAAAGUGAGAACUGAAGUGUACUUCUGAUUAUCUUUAAAGUGAGAACUGAACGGUACUUCUGAUUAUCCUUAGAGUGAGAACUGAACGGUACUUCUGAUUAUCUUUAGAGUGAGAACUGAACGGUACUUCUGAUUAUCUUUAGAGUGAGAACUGAACGGUACUUCUGGUUAUCUUUAGAGUGAGAACUGAACGGUACUUCUGAUUAUCUUUAAAGUGAGAACUGAACGGUACUUCUGAUUAUCUUUAAAGUAAGAACUGAACGGUACUUCUGAUUAUCUUUAAAGUGAGAACUGAACGGUACUUCUGAUUAUCUUUAAAGUGAGAACUGAACGGUACUUCUGAUUAUCUUUAGAUUGAGAACUGAACGGUACUUCUGAUUAUCUUUAAAGUGAGAAUUGAACGGUACUUCUGAUUAUCUUUAGAGUGAGAACUGAACGGUACUUCUGAUUAUCCUUAGAGUGAGAACUGAACGGUACUUCUGAUUAUCUUUAGAGUGAGAACUGAACGGUACUUCUGAUUAUCUUUAGAGUGAGAACUGAAUGGUACUUCUGAUUAUCUUUAAAAUGAGAACUGAACGGUUCUUUUGAUUAUCUUUAAAGUUAUUUAAUAUGACUGAAAGAGUAGGAUUGGUUUCAAGAAGUAGCGUGUACAGUGUACACUAGGUAGUAACGUAGGUAUGGAGUGAAUGACGGAUGGCCACUUUAAUGCUUUUAUUUUAGUUCCAAUUUGAUUAAACGCCUUUUGUUAUUAGUUUUUCUGUUUGUCUUGAGGAUUUAGAUGCAAAGAAUUUGGGUUGAGGAUAAUGUGACGGCAUUAUUAUGCAUUUAUAAUUUUUAAUUUAACUAGCGUUAAGUUAAAGGCACAUAUUAAACCUUUGUUUGAUCUCCUAUCAUCUCGCAAGAUUGGCUGAAUGAAUAUCAUCUUUAAUGAAAUUGAUUACUAAUCUGAAAUAUUGAAUUAGUGGUCCCAAUUUAAUUGAAUCGUGGACAAUGUAAAUUUUGGAACUAUCUGUGUUGAUCACAAGGAUUGAUUCAAGUAAUUUGUGUAUUAUUAUCAACAAUCUGGCCCAAAGUCUUUAGUGAUUUGUAAUUGAUUUAUGUAAUAAUUGUGUCGAAUUAUAAUUUAUUCCGAAUUAAAAUUAAUUUCAUGUUCUUGGACGGUGACUUUAAAUCAAAAUUUCAGAAUGAUUGACUAUCAUAAUAGUUGUGAUAUUGAUUAUAUCGGUGUUUGUUUGGAAAUAUUUUAAUAUUUUUCCACCUAAAUUCCAAUUCUUUAAUUUGAAUUUCGU